GAGCUGCUCUCCCAGCUUCACCUCACCAUCAACACCCCGCUUUGGGCUCGCCCCUCUAGCAUGGCACCCAAAUCCAUCCUCAAGAAAUCUACCGUAUCAACAAACGAGCCCUCUGCCUCCUCGCCAUUCACGCAGCGCCACCGAGACACGGCCUUGCACCAUGCAAACCUCAUUGAGCAGCAGAAGGUCGUCGAGAAGGAGGUUCUGCAGUCGAUAAUCACCCUCCUUGACUUUCCAACGUCACCUGAUGCAGACCCAACUCGCCCUGCGCCAUCCGAUGCACUCCGUUUCCAGGACCUCAUAAUCUCAUUCCAGACCUCGGACUACGAUUCGCUCAUCGAAGAGCGGAACAUUGCCGACAAAUGCGGUUACGCGUUAUGUCCUCGCCCGAAGAAGAAGGCGCCUUCCUCUGCUCGGAAGCAGUUCAUUGAGACGGACAAGGGUGUGGAGAUUGUGGAUAAGAAGACCCUUGAGGUAUGGUGUUCGGAAGACUGUGCGCGGAGGGCCUUGUAUGUCAAAGUGCAGCUCAGCGAGGAGCCGGCAUGGAUGCGAAGGGGCGGUGUCGGCGACAAGAUUGAGCUUUUGGUCGAGAACGCCGCGGAGCACCACAAGGCGCUUCCCUUGAGGCUUAAACAAGCACCUGCGUCGAAACCCGUGGUGGAAGAGGAAGAGGAGGAUAUUGCCGGAGCCUGGGCUGCUAGGGACGACGCAUUGGCAGACCUAGCCCUCGAGCGCGGCGAGAAGCCCGGGCGACUAAGCAAGGCGAACAGGGAGCUUCUCCAGACGGACAUUAAAGAGAGGGUGCAGAGCACGCCUCCUGCGCCGCCGGAGCCUCCGCAGUCUUCAGGGCAGUCACACAUGGCCAUCGAAGGACAUGUGCCGAGAGCAAACAAGUCAAAUGAGAGCGACGAUGAGGAUGGCCAAGACUGGGACAAGCAUUUACCUGGUUGAAAGCGACCUUCUCCACUUUGUAUCAUUUUAUCAUGUGCGUGAAACGCUGGGUUUCGGAACACUGUCGCCAGGAAACCGUUCCACAAAAACAUCGGAUCAUUAAGCACCCCAACCCCAACCCCCAGGGGUUUCGAAGCCAGGUACAAGCUUGAUUUGAACCACAUUAAGACAAAUUCAGGCUCACUGAUUUGACGAGAAGGCCAGGGGAGUAAUAUAGAUCCACCUACGCAUCUAAUUAGUUUGGAAGGCUCGAAUUGGCAAAGAGUGUUGCCCCAAAGGCACGGUCACGAGACCGCGGCAGUAUAGAGAGAUGAAGCGAAUACAGUAAUAGUG